CUCUGAUUCGUGGACAGAGGCUGCCAUUAUGUCGGAGACCGCGCCUGUUGCCGCUCCCGCUGUCUCUGCGCCUGGCGCAAAAGCCACCAAGAAGCCGAAGAAGGCGGCGGGCGGCUCUAAAGCCCGCAAACCCGCGGGCCCCAGCGUCACCGAGCUGAUCACCAAGGCUGUGUCUGCUUCUAAGGAGCGCAAGGGGCUUUCUCUCGCCGCGCUUAAAAAGGCGCUGGCCGCCGGCGGCUAUGAUGUGGAGAAGAACAACAGCCGCAUCAAGCUGGGGCUUAAAAGUCUCGUCAACAAGGGUACGCUGGUGCAGACCAAGGGCACCGGUGCCUCCGGGUCUUUCAAGCUGAACAAGAAACCGGGUGAGACAAAAGAGAAGGCAACGAAGAAAAAGCCAGCAACCAAACCUAAGAAGCCAGCGGCCAAGAAGCCUGCCAGUGCUGCCAAGAAGCCUAAGAAAGCGGCAGCAGUGAAGAAAAGCCCCAAGAAGGCCAAGAAGCCAGCGGCCGCUGCAGCCAAGAAAACAGCCAAGAGCCCCAAGAAAGCAGCCAAGGCAGGCCGCCCUAAGAAGGCAGCAAAAAGCCCUGCUAAGGCAAAAACGGUAAAGGCUAAGGCUGCCAAGCCUAAGGCGGCCAAACCUAAACCAGCCAAGGCAAAGAAGACAGCGCCCAAAAAGAAGUAAAGCUGAAGAAGUAAAUUUGAGUUUACUCAUUCAAAUAAACCCAAAGGCUCUUUUAAGAGCCACC